CUGCGCAUGCGCAAACACACAGAACGAGGUCCGAUAAGCAGUUAGGUGGAGAAGUUCGGUACCGGCUGUAGCUGCUGGGCUUCCUAAGCGGGAAUGGAUGAGCCGAACCAGAACCGGUCCAGGAGAACCAGAGCGGCUCCUCCUCUGCUCUCCCCGACCCACAGCUCAGAGUCCCGGACCCUGAGGACCAGAACCUCCGGGUACAUCCACCAGAAGGAGGAAGACCAGGAGGAAGCAGAGGGUCACCGCUGUCAGCACUGUGAGAAGGUCUUCAGCAGAGCUUCCAGCCUGUGGAAACAUGAGAAGACUCACACAGGGAAGAAACCACACACCUGUGGUCUGUGUGGGACAAAGUUCGCUCAGGCCGCCCACCUGAAGAGGCACCAGAACAUCCACACUGUGGAGGAGACCUUCAGCUGUGAGCAGUGUGGACAAACCUUCACCCAGAGACAAUCUCUGAAGCUCCACCAGCAGCAGGUCCACGCCGGCCUGAAGCCUCACACCUGUCAGGACUGUGGGAAACGCUUCUCCAAACUCAGCAACCUGAAGGUCCACCAGCGCAUCCACAGCGGAGACAAACCACACGUCUGUGAGGAGUGUGGGAAGGCGUUCAGGGACGGCAGCAACCUGAGGAACCACAGACAGACGCACAGCGCAGUGAAACCCUUCUGGUGUGAGGAGUGUGGGAAAACCUUCACCCGACCGUGUUCUCUGAGGAAACACCAGAGGAUCCACAGCGGAGAGAGACCCUUCAGCUGUGGGCACUGUGGGAAAAGCUUUGCUCAGAAGUACAUCCUGGAUGUUCACAGGCAGCUGCACACCGUGGAGAAACUCUACUGGUGUGACCACUGUGGGAAGACCUUCAAGCAGAACCAAGCUUUGACUGUACAUCAGCAGAAACAUCACAGCACUCAGGAACCGGCGGCAGACUGAGGUCCAAACUGGGAUCUGAAGACAGCAGCUCAGAGUUACUGUGGUUCUGUAGCUGAUCUGUUACUGAUGAUGAGUUAAUUUACCUGCUGUACCUCCUCUGUCUGGCAGGUUGGAAUAAAAACGAGUUCAUAAAUCAA